AUCAGACUGUGUAACUAGGCAGAGAAAUCUUUGUAAGAGAAGGUUGAAUCCAGUUCUAGCUAUGUCCCCAUGCUCAGUGAUCUUACACACUGAUGAAAGUGGGAAAUUUCCUGAAUCUAGGAAAAGUUCAAGCUCAGGUACAGCCUCUUUAAGCAGCUCUGCUGGGUCGUUGCUUAGUCAUCCAAAUGCUGUCAAAAUAAUUGCAGGGGUAUCUGUUCAUUCUACCCUCAAUUUCAUGAGAAAACUAGUGUGUUGGAGUAAAGACAAUGAAAGAGUUGCAUGCCUUUUUUUCUUUGCUCUGAUCCACUGUUGAAUAGGGAGCUUUCAUCCCUGGAGAGGAAUUUUUCUUCUCUGUGCUGUAGAAAUGAACAUUCACAAUUCCAUCAUGCCCAGAUUGUUGAAAAUCUAUGGAUUACAAGGGUUUUCCUUGAGAAAUCAGGAGCUCACUGCAUUGUUGUGCCUGUCAUAUUUUACACUCCUGGCAUGAUGACGUGUUUAAGGGGAGUUCUGUUCCCUCCCUUCACAUGGGUGAGUGUGUUGCCAAGGAGCUUAAGGAAGCCAAGUUGAAGCUGCUGGAAGCUGGGAGCCCUUUGUGAAUUGGGGUACUUGCCACAGAUGUGACUUCAAAAGCAGCCAAAAGAAACUGCAGAGUGAGGUAAUCUCAUUCUGCAAAUUUUGGCUGUUUCUUUUCCAAGUUGUCUUGGCCUGAAAAUUAAGCUUAGUGAACACAUUUAGGAAAAAUAUGUUGUUUUUUUUCAUUUAUCUUCUUUUCCUUUUUAAGAAAAAAUGGUAGUGUACUAGGAGAGUUUGUAUUCUAAGUAAUAAGCUAUUACAUUAAUCAUUUAAAAGCAAAAGAAGGUAUUUUAGACAGCUAAGAGUAUCCUUCAUGGUUAACCUUCAUGUCUUUUAAUGCUUUUGAAGGCAUUAACUGAGGCUCCAUCUGGUUGAUGCUUUUGCCUUUUACAUUUUUUUUGGGCAACAAAUGAAUAGAAAGGAAAAAGUAAAUAAUAAGACACAAUAGAAAACCAGAGACAAAAACAAAAAGUUAAAAAGCAUCAAUCAAAUGGACCUCAAAUAUUUAGGUAAUACAUGUGCUAACUGAAGGUUUCAAAUUUUGAAGAAAUGCAGAUAAGAGUAGCGCAACUAAAAGGUUUUAAUAAAGACUAGCUUCAUGUUUUUUGACAUUGUUCAUGGACUGCCUUUGACUGAGGCAAGUGGGUGGCAGUGAGUUGCCAAGUCUUGUACAGCUCAUAUUUUCUUUCAUAGCUUCUAAGUUACCUCUCAGCUUUUUAGAUUAUAUGUUUGGCAUGAUAUGAGUGCAUUCUAUUUGAUUAUACAUCAGCUUAUGAAAAGGUCCAAGGUCUCCAUUUUUAGCCUCUUUAACUUGUUCUCUCAAUUGCUAUGGAGAUCUUCUAUAUUGAUAACUUGGUCAUAAGUUCAAGUUCUUACUAAGAAAGUUCAUUAUAGCUGGUAUGAAAAUUAAAAAAGAAAAGGGGUUGGGAUGAUGAAUAAAAGAUUUCAUUGUUAUGACUGAAAUAUAAUUUUUCUUUACAGCCUCUGCAUCCAAUUUAACCUGGCAAUGUCACUGUACACAUAUUAGAAGAUAUGCAGACAAAAGUUUCCCAAAUUUAAUGGCAUCUAUGUUAUUGACCUAUAAGGUUAUACCCUUGUUAAAAUGUCUUUUCUUUUUUGCCUAUGGUUUGUUUUGUCUUAAAUUCCUAAUUUACUUCUUCUGGAGCUUUAAAUUCCUUAAGAUUUUUUUAACUGAAAAAUAUUAAACCUAUUUGAUACUAGUUUCAGCAGAAUCGUGCUAGCUAACUGGGAACUUUGAGCACUUAUUUGUUACUUAAAUACAUGCAUGUAGGGGUUUGAUUUGAUCUACUUUUCCUUUUUGUUUUCCUAAGUAAUAACAAAAGGCUGUUUCUUUGUUAUUCUCUUUCCUUUUGAUUCCUUGGAAGAAUCUUUUCCAAUGGGCACAUUUAUUGUACUAAAAUAAAUUUCAAUUUCUGGCGUGUUGGGGGCUGGGUUUGCAAGAGAAUCUCUCCCCUCUUUUGUUCUGUGUUUCUUUGGUAGAAAAUUUCACGAAUUCUAGAGAUUAUCAAACAAGGGGUGGAUCCCUUAACCAGGUUGCUCCCAGCUUGUUUUGCUGAUGCUUUUGCAUGCAUUAAGUUAAGGUGGUCAAGGUACAAGACCCUACUUCUUAAUUGUAUUAAUUUCCUUUUAAUUGAAUCAAAUUAUUAGCAUCGUAGAGAUGUCCUUAAAGGCCACUGGUUAGGAAGGGGGUUAUGGUUAGGUUAAUCCAUGAAGUUAUUGAAAUCCAUCGUCUUUUCUUUUUCUUUCUUUCAAAGAUGAAGAAAUUGGGAAUUCAUUUUUUUUAACAAAGGAGUUGGUAGAACCCAACAAGUUUUGGCAUAAAAACUCCAACUUCCAAUCUUAUCAUUAAUAAAAAAAGCAAUUUAUGUAGAUGUUCAAUAAACCCGUGAAAUCUGAAUGAGACAUUGCCACACAAAGUGAAAAGUUAAACCGCAGUAUAGGUUGUUCACCUAGCAUAUCUUAAAGGGAAACAAGGCUUUUUAGGUUUAUUUAUUUUUUAAUUUUUAUGGGAGAUAUGCUCAUAAUCUAUAGUGUUCUUAGGUGAAAAUUAUCAGUGUAUGUUUAUAAGAUAUUGAGAGAGAAAUGUAGUCAAGCAUUUAGGACAAAUGGAUAAAAGCAGCAAGAAUUUUAAUUUGUAUUAUUUUUUUAAUUUCUAAUGCUCUGUUUUAAUAUCACUUAAUCUAGAAUUAUCUAGAAUCAAGAAACGUAAGUAUAUUUGAUUUGAACAAGACAAUUAUCUUCUCAAGUCUUGGAUGUGCAAUAGGUUAAUGGAACUUGGAGUUAAACAGAUUCUUACUGUUCCAAAGAUACGUCAAUUUAUAUACUAACUGGAAAGUUGAAAUCAAAUCCAUCCCCUUUUCAACUUAGAAUCUUAUGAGUUUGAGAUAAUAUUUGCAUCUUUGUUUCUUUGUAUAUUCUAAUAGCUAUUAUAGCAAUCAUAUGUAUUAAUUAACUGGAAAAAUAUUUAAAAUCGUUUGCAUAAAUGAAAUGUUUCAAAAAAUGUUGGAGUUUGAAGGCAAAAUUAGAGUUGAAGGGGGUACUGAAAGUUUUAAUCUUUAGAAGAUGCACGGGAGAGAGUCAUAGGAGCUGGUGAGAGAGUUUGCCAGUGAUGGAAAAAGGCAUCUCAAGAUUGUCAGUAAUGAGCUAUUUGAACGAGUAAUUGAAGAAUGCAAUGAACAUCAUAAUGCACUUCAGUCAUUAAUACGGAAAAUGCAAGAGGAGGGACUGGAAGUUCUAACAGCUAGAACUGCAGACCACUAUGGAGCACUCAUCCACCACCUUUCUUUAAUUCGCAACAAGCGUUGCCUAAUGGCAUAUGUGUAUAACCGAGCAGAUAUUAUACGAGAUUUGGCAUGGAAGGUAGGGUUGCUUCAUGAACUUCCACGCGAAAUUCAAGAGAAGUUCAGUGACUCAGAGGAACAAUAUUUCAAAGAUCAUUCUAAAUCUUUGAAAUCAUACAUGUCACAACUGAGCCUCAAUGUGAAUGUGGAUAUGGUGCCUCCGAAAGAUCCCUACAUCAAAGUUAGAGUCCUUGAAGAUUUGGGUAGCGGAAUAAUUCUCAGUGAUAAAUCUGCCAAUUUUGCUCGCCACUCCAUGCACUUUCUCAAACGAACUGAUGCUGAGCAAUACAUUGCACGGGGCUUAAUGGAGGAGCUGACAAGCUAAACCUGAAAAAGGUCUAUCUAUGAUGCCUUCUCCCUCUUCUUUAGGACAAAGAUGUUUCAUACUGAUGUGUAUUUAGUAGCAGUUACAGUAGCCUAAUACCAGACCUGUUUGCUCAUUCACUCUUAAGUGCAUUCAGGGCUGGGCAAAGACAGAUGUAACUUGAACAAGGAAAAAGAGAAAAUUAAGAUAAAGAAAUAAGCUAAAUUAUUUCAUUUUUGUUUUUUUGGAUAA